AUCUAGGUGAAUCGUCUGCUUGCUGACCCUUCACUGCCCCUCGACGAGGUUGUCAGUCCCCUCCCUCCUUUCUCCCUCUCCAUGGGUUUCGGACGCUGGGAUGUAUGAGCCGUUGUUUCUCUCCUUCGACGCCUACCCCAGCGUAGUUCCCCGAGUGAGGGUGCGAGGCGUCAUGGCUCUCUUCCUGGCUGUCACCAUUCUCUGGGCUCUGAUCUGGCUACUGUACCGUGCGUGGCAGGUCUGCCAGACCCCCAACGACGUCCUAGUUGAAAAGCUCGGUCUGGAUAUUCCUCCGCCACCAGAAGUCACCCUCGAAGAGAUUACCGCCCGUGAAAUUCGCAUCGCCUGGAAACAACCCGAAUUUCACAAUUCCAUCCACAAGCACAUCAUCCAAUUGAACGGCAUUAAGGUGGGCGAAUCGAAACGAGCGGAAACUGCAGUCGAAAUCUUGGACUUGGUUCCCGGAAGUAUCUAUCAUAUCUGCGUUCUUUCAGUUAGUGCUGCGAACUUCCAAACCCCAAGUGCAAUCAUCCAUGUGCGCACAAAGUCUCUGCCCUUGUCGCAAACCCAACAGAAUGCUGCGGUCGGCAAUCCUACCAUUCGGGCGUCCAUCCCCCGGUCUACCGCUGGUCUUGCUGCCCCCUCGGCGCCCGUGAUGUCUCGGGAGCACAGCGGAGGACAGCUCCAAGCCAAGCGAUCUUCAGCCGGGCGGAAACCGUCUCCUGCAGCGAGCGGGACGGAGGUCUCGCAUGGCCAUGCGGAGGAGACACAAAAGAGCACCACGAAUGACGAUCACGACGAGACUCUCGAACAACUUGCCGACCGAUUGAAGUCCCUGCAGCACGAGAACGAGACCGUCGAGAAGCAAACUACGGAUGAAGAAGAUGAGCACAUCGCUCUUCUGAAGGAACUCGAGAAACAGCGUGACGAAUUGAAAAAGCGGGUCAAGGAAAAGGAUGAAGCGAGCGGCGAUUUGAAGAAGCACGUUUACAAGCUGGAAAGUGUCAACCGUACAGUGCAGAGUGAGAAGGCGAAGCGUGAAAGACUCCUGCAGCAGAAGGAGUCUGAGCGUAAGAAGCGCAAGUCCGAUAUCGUCCGGUGGCAGGAGCGGGUUGAGAAUAUGAACCGUGAAGCAGCGGAGUCGAAGGAGGAAAAGACACGGCUGGAAGAAGAGAGAAAGCAGCGUGGAGAUGAGAUACGGGAGAAGAUUGCUAAGGAGCAGGCAGAGAUGAAGGUCAUCGAUGACGAAAUCCAAGACAAGGGCGGACGUGUCAAGAAGCUGGAGGAGGAGAGGCAAACCCACCAGGAAGCAGAUAGCGAGGAUGGAAAGGAGCUGGAUCGCAUUGACAAUGAGCGAGCCCGCCAGUGGGAGAUCAAAUUGAGCAAUCUUCACGCUCGCUAUGCUACCCUUGUCAACCUCCAUACCCAGGCUCAGCAGCAGUACCAAGAAGCGCAGGAGCGCCUGAAGUGGCUAACUACCGAACGUACCGGCAGCACAGGACCCUUCUCUCUCCCAGCUCUCGAUCUUGAUCUCUCCAACACUGCGACUAUUCGCCCACGUCGACACCGCAGCUCACUCGCUAGUAAUGUCUCAUCUCCGAUGAAUUUCACCGCCAUAGAGCCAUCGUUCUCAGGUGGCAUCAGCUACAACCCUCCUGCCACUGGGUCUCCCACCUUUGGCCCGACUUCUGCCUUCUUCAACAUCAACAAUGGAAUGACCCUCCCAAGCCUUUCGGGCCAGUCGGAUAGUACGCGGGGAUACUCGGAUAUGUCGCUUGGAAACCCUCAAAUGAGCCCUCGCGCCGACGCACUUCUUCCGUCCGAUCUCCUCGGAGACGAGGAGUCGCCCGAACUCCCCCGUCCGGCCAUCCGUUCUCGCUUUUCCAACCUCGAACAACCAAGCACUGCGCUAGAGUUUCCUCAUGGGCCACCUUCGCCAGACUCUACCGGAAGCAGGCCGGAAAGCCUCUUCGCUAGUCCGGAGGACCAGACCCUGCCCAAAGAUGUUGAAUCGCAACCGGUGAAUUUGGAUGUAGGCGAGGCGCCCAAAAGUGCGUCGCGCAGGCUUUCGGGGCUCUUUGGCUUCCACCGUCCUCGCGGCAAGACAUUGGCAGACGAGCCACCUCUACUGGGCAGUCUGAAACCAGGACAAAGUCAGUCGUUCCCCCGUAAUUUGGAGGAGAUGGAUCCCAUAGGGGCUAGACGUCGUCGGCUGAGCUAUACAGGCAACUGGGCGAAUCCGAUGUCUCUGUUCCCCAGGAGCAACACAGCAGGUGUUACAACAGACAGCUCUUCCGAUCAUCUUCCCUCGCGACGCGCAGGCAUUUCCAGCAUCUUCUCACCCAGCCGAUUUGGAUUCGGCAGUGGACACGGUCUGCUCAAAUCCAGUGAAACCUCCGAUCAUAGCACAGGAUACAACCAGUUCAGUCCUCGUCAUGAUCCCAUCGAUCCUUCCUCCAUCUUGGGCACAGUGCGCCGGGAGUCGUUGUCUCCGCGGCCCUCAUCGACCUUCUCUUUCGAAAACCAGCUUCCUCAUCCCUCCACCGAUAAUCGUCACUUCGGUUGGCCAUCGGCAGAAAAGCAAGGCCAUCGAAGUCCUUUGGGGUUUGAUUGGACUUCCCCAUCGACCUGGUCUCGGGUGCAGUCGCGCCGGCCAUCUACACAGUACGGCUCAUCGGGUCACCUACCUUUGGGCCUUACUGGGGAGCCAGACUUUCUCCAAGAUUCGUUCGAGAGACAAGGCCGGCCAUUGCAGGCGCCGAUCGGUACACGGCCAUCAUCUUCUCAUCGGCCAGUCACUCCAAAAUUGAAUCCUGCUGCACCUUCCUUUAGGACCAUCUUUGGGAAGCGGUCGGACAAGAGCAAAGAGAAGGAGGCAGCGAAAGACCGAGAGCUAGAUGCUCCGUUUGACUUCCACAUGGAAGAAGGCUCUCCGUCUGAAUCGCGCACCUCGCGGGAUUCUCGCUCUUUCUCUAUGUACACAGGCGACUCGUAUGAAUCCUUGGAACGUAUGCCCUCCGCAGGCUCGCUGGAUAAUGGAAGCUCGAAAGAGUCAUUCAUUCGUAAGAUCACCCGAAAGGGCAGCUCCAGCAAGUUCAGUUCCUGGAAGGACCGGUCAGGGCUUUUCUCCAAGAAGGGUGACCCUUCGCAAGGCGACAUUGACGAAGACGCACAUAGCGAGGCGAUGCUUGCCAAGAGCGUGGACAGCACCGUGUCCAGCGCCCCUUCAGCAGACCGAUCUACUCGAAGCAGCCUGGGAUUCUUCAGCCGCAUGUCCAGGAAGUCCGAUAAGGCCGCCAGUGAGACGAGUGAACGCCCCAGUGAGCAUGUUAGCGAGGCGGAGGAUGAAGAGGCAGCGGAGGAUAUCCACGCAUGAACAUACAACAUCCAUUCUUUCUAUUUCUUUUUUUUAUUUUUUUUUUUUUUUUAGGUCGCCGUGUGGCGUUAGGCAUUCUUUCAAUUUCUUAACUAGUG